AUAUUUUUAUCAAAUUCUAAAUUUCAUCGCUUUAAAUAAACAUAACCGGCAUUUUCAAAGUUGCGAAGUUAGUUUAUUAUCGUGGAGUUAUCUGCACGAAGUUCACAUCCGUCGCCAUUUACGCCACGAAGUAAGUACGCGGAAUCGGGAAUUGGACUGGCGCAGUGAAAUAGUGUUACUUAGGUUAUAGUGUUAAAAUAAUAUAUAAUUGUGCAACGAAAACAGCAAUAAAACACUGGGAACAUUUUACAAUAUAAAUUAGUAAAACGAAGAUAGCAAUAAGACGGUACAAUGUUCAAUGAACGUCAGAUAUGAAGAAGGAUAGAACCACGAGCGAAGUUCAAACUUAUGACGACAGUGCCUUAAGAUAUAAAUAAUAAUUAGAAUUAAAUUAACGAAAACCAGUAUUUUGUUUUUAUUAUUUGCGGUUAGAUGUUUAGAGAUAUAUGAGAAGGUGGGAAAUAGUUCACUUUUAAGUUAGUGUUGCAAGCAUGAAAAUUCCAGAGACUUCAGCUAAUGUUGGCGCUUAUUAUGGCAAUGAGGACAGUGGACAGUGGCAGCCAAACGGCGUAAUCAUAGACAACGGUGUUGGUGGUGGUGUGGUUGGUAGCGGAGACGCUGGUCACAGACCCGCCGUAUACCCAGUACCCAUCCCUAGAGGACAUAUUCCUGGAGGAUACGUCAUGGCUGGUGCAGCGUACCCGGGUGCUGCGUACAUCGAGUCCCAGGAUGACUUCGAGGACUACAUGUGGAUGGAGAACGAAGAAGAAUUCGACAAUCAGGUCAUGCAGCAAUUAGAGGAAGAAGCAUUAAUGGAACAGUGUAUAGAAGCAAUGCUGGAAGAUGAACAGAGAGAGCAGAGACAGAGGCCGGUUUCAAACGGACACAAUCACUAUCCAACGACGAGUAACGGCCUAUCAUCUCUGUCAUUGGAAGAAACUGUUUCGAGAUCUAAGUUGAACCCGCUUGCUGCUGAAUUUGUUCCCAUCAGAGCGAGGCCAUCUGCAGAAGAAGCACAAGAUAAUGCAGAUGCAAAAUCAGAAGUGGAAAGUGCUAAAGAAACAGUUCCAGUUCCGCAGGAGAAACCACAGCAGCCGGACGAAGUUGACAGCAAACCGACUUUGGAAGAGAGUAGAACAGAAGAACCGAUCCCAGUGCCAACGGAGCCGCCGGAAGUGAGCGCCGCAGACGUACAGCCGAUAGACAAGAAGGUUAGAGACGUGAAGAAGGAAACGAAGCCGAAGACGGAUGUUAAGAAAAUUAUAAAGAAUGACGUUAAAAAGACUAAACCGGUUCCGGUGAAAUCUGAUACUAAAGUGACAGCUAAAAAGAAGGAAGUGAAAAUUGUUAAAAGUGAAGUGAAGGAGGAGGAGGGCCCGGUCGCCGACGUUGUCAAACAAUCAACACCACCACCAGCUGAGGAAUUACAAACGGGAAUUAAACCAAUCAACUACGCUGCCGCGGCGAAAGCGAAUAAGCCCAAGAAACCAACGACACCGCCGAUGGUGGAAAAGACUCCGCAACCAACGAAAACCGACAAACCUGUGAAACCGGCCGACAAGCAGGACAAGAAGCCACAAGUAAAGGACAGAGUUAAAGUAGAGAAACCAGUUGUACAAAGGAAGAAUUCCACAAAGUAAUUCUUAAAUUGAUUGUGUACAAAAAUUAAUAAAAUACAAAAUUUUUUUUUUUUUGCACUGGCAACCCUGAUGUACAAUGUCAACGAGGUUCUAAGCUUUAUCAACGGGCAACACCGCCAGUUUUGUAUGUAUAUAGUUCAUUUUUUUUUUAUAUUUUGUGAUAUUUCCCGUUAAUUGCAUUUUUUUCUUGAAACGAGGAAAUGAAAAAAAAAUAUAUAGUGUAAAAA